UACGAGCUCCCGGCCUGGCUGGUCUGUGGCCUCUGCCGCCUGAUGGACGCGCUGGGCCGGGCGGACUGGGAGCGCUUCGCCUCGCGGAUCGCGCGGGACCAGGUCGAGCUGCGUCUGUGCGAGCGGACGGACGGACGGACCCAGCGGCUGCUCUGGGCCUGGAUGAACCGAAACGCCCGAGUUGGGGAGCUGCUGGCGCUGCUGGACGAGCUGGAGCUGUACCGGGCUCGCGACCUCCUGGCCAGCUGGCAGCCUCCCUCCGAGCCCCCUGUCCUGAGACCCCCGUUUCUUCCCUCGGCACCUCCAGCCCCCCACCUCCCCACCGGUGACAGCAGAGCUUCGACCAUUGCCUGUGACUCCCCCAAGCCACCCCUCCAGCCCCUGCCAGAGCCCUCCUGCCCCUCGCUGCCUCUGCCCGGCCCCCCGCCCAGCGGCCUGCUCAGCACCAGCAGCCAGGGUCCUGUCCCCCCGCCCGCGGCACCCCCUGCCGACCAGACUUUGGGCCCUGCCCCCCAGGUGCUGGGCCCCGCCCCCCAACCCUUCGCCUGGCCCCUGGCGGAGCUGGUGCAGGCCACGGGCGGCUUCGCGGAGCAGCACAAGGUCGGGGAAGGCGGGUUCGGCUGCGUGUACCGCGCCCGACUCCGCAACACGGACUACGCUGUCAAGCGGCUCAAGGAGGACACGGAGCUAGAUUGGAGCAGCAUCCGGAGCAGCUUCCUCACCGAGGUGGAAAAACUGUCACGGUUCCGGCACCCCAACAUCGUGGAGUUCGGGGGGUUCUGUGCCGAGCGGGACCAUUUCUGCCUCGUCUACGUUUUCAUGCCCAACGGGUCCCUGGAGGAUCGGCUGAGCGGCCAGGGCGGGUGCCCCCCCCUGUCGUGGGCCCAGCGGCUGGAGGUGCUGGUGGGGACGGCGCGAGCGGUCCAGUUCCUGCACCGGGACACGCCCAGCCUGAUCCACGGGGACGUCAAGAGCUCUAACAUCCUGCUGGACGGGGCGCUGCGACCCCGGCUGAGCGACUUCGGGCUGGCGCGGGCCGGGCGGGGCCGGGCGGGGAGUGGGGGGCUCAGUGCCAGCCUGGGCCGGACCCACACGGUGCGGGGCACCCUGGCCUACCUGCCCCCCGAGUACGUGCAGAGCGGGGCCCUGUCCCCCUCCAUCGACACCUACAGCUACGGGGUGGUGCUGCUGGAAACACUGACGGGGAGACGGGCCCUGGAGACAGAUGGACAUGGACGGACAAAGUUCCUGAAGGAUCUGGUCGCGGAGGAGGAGGAGGCGGCUGAGGGCGCCGAGGGUCCCGGGCGAGCGCAGCGGGCGGCGACGGGCUCUGGCCCGGACCAGGAUGCUCGGGCGACUCGGGUCGGCACCAGGAUCUUCCGGAACCACGUGGACUCGCGGGUCGGGCCCUGUCCAGAGGAGCUGGGCACGGCGCUGGGCUGCCUGGCGACCCGCUGCCUCCACAAACGCAGCAAACGGCGCCCGCCCAUGGCCCAGGUGUACGAGGACCUAGAGCGGCUGCAGAAGUCUCUGCCCUGGGAUCCCCCCUCGACCCCCUGGGGGGACUCACUCCCCAGGGACCCAGGGCUGCCCCCCAACCAGCCCGUGGAGAGCGAUGAGAGCCUGUCGGAGGAGGGGGGCAGCUGGUUGGGCGUCGCCCCGUCCCUACACCCCCCGAUUCACAUCAACCCGGCCCGGCAGCGCAUCAUGGAGCGGCUGGCGCUGUACCAGCAGGGGGCGCUGGACAGCCUGGGGGUGCUGGCCUCUGAGCUCCCGGCAGGGUCGGCCCCCCGCCUGCCCGAGGAGAGCGACGAUUUCGAGCCCUGA